AAGUUCGUCACCAGCUGGCGACCGCUGCCAUUUUGACGUUAGGAGAGAAGAAGUGGGAAACUGCGUGUUCGUUGAUCAGAGACCUCAAUAACACAUAUAAUAUUUCAUCAUGGCUAUGCAAGCAGCGAAACGCGCUAAUAUACGGUUACCUCCAGAGGUGAACAGAAUCCUGUACGUCAGGAACCUUCCUUACAAGAUCACAGCCGAGGAAAUGUACGAUAUCUUUGGGAAAUAUGGACCAAUCCGUCAAAUCAGAACGGGGAACACACCUGAAACAAGAGGAACAGCCUAUGUGGUGUAUGAAGACAUCUUUGAUGCCAAGAACGCCUGCGACCACCUGUCAGGCUUCAACGUCUGCAACCGUUACCUGGUGGUUCUCUACUACAAUGCAAACAGAGCUUUCCAGAAGAUGGACACAAAGAAGAAAGAGGAACAGCUGAAGCUACUAAAAGAGAAAUAUGGGAUCAACACAGACCCUCCAAAGUAGCGAUCUGGAGAAACACCCCGUCCCCCUUCCCCAAAUCCAGAAUUUUUCUUUUUCUAUUUGUACAAACUUCACAUGUUGUUUCUCAAAAUUCACUUGUUUGUUUGAUUUUUAAAGUAAGACUUCAGUUUUUUGUUAUGUUCCUGUCACGUUAAUUGACAGAUGGGACAAACUCUUCAGCAACAAACAUAUUUUAACAGGAUUUAGACAGUGACUGGUUUAAGUGUUCACCCUGGGUAACAUGUUAAAAUCUGUCAGGGCAGAUUGCUUUAUUUUCUUUUUUUCCAUUCUCAUACAAACUUGAUUUAAAGCUAACCAUGGUCUGCAGUGUGUGAUAUAAAUUUGAGUUGAUCAGUAAUGACUAUGUAAAUUGUAAGGUUUCUGUAAAAUAAACAUCCCUUUUCUAAAA